AUGAAUCACCCUCCGCAACAGGGCCAGGGUCGUGGUCAGCCGCGACUGGGGGCGACUUGGUAUCCAGGGGGUCAGGAUGACUUUUACAUGCCAGAGGUCAUCUCCCCCUCCCCUCAAAGAGUCAUGCCCGAAGUCCCCGAAAACAUGCAAGACAACAUCGCGCAGAUGGAACACGGCGCCCACGACCCCUGCCGCGCCCAACCGCAGUCGCCCGCGCAAUACGCCCCCCGGUCUCAGUUUCCCGAGCGCACGUCGUCUGCGGUUCAGAGCCAACCUCAGCAAGCUGAGGCUCAUGAUCACGGCGCCUACGCGCAGUCUGCCACUUACGAUAGCAUGGAUCACCCCAAUUUCUCCCCAUUCCCCGUCUUGCGGAACCCCCCGCCAAAUGUCCCGCCCACCGAUGAGCAGCGGGAAGCAAGUCUCGAGCGCGCCCGCAUGGCCGUUCUGUCCACCACCGACCCCGAGAUGCAAUUGGCAUGGGCACAAGAUGCGCUCGCUUAUGUCGAGGUCGCCGCGCAGAAUGAAGCUCGUCUGUCGACCACUCAACCACCGCGGCCUCACACUCCUCAAGUCGAGAGUCAGCUGCGAACGGAUGCGAUGAACAUUGUCAACUUUUUGGCGGGUCAGCAGCACCCCAAGGCUGAGUUUAUCAAGGGCAUGUGGAUGGAGUUUGGCAAGUUCGGCUACCGUGUCGACCGGAAGGAAGCGUUCCGCUCCUAUACGCGUGCGGCGGAGAAGGGAUAUGCGCGUGCCGAGUAUCGCAUUGGUAUGCAGUUUGAGAGCUCUGGAGAGCCGGAGAAGGCGAUUAGACAUUAUGAGCGCGGUGUGUCAAUGUCGGAUUCUGCUUCGUGCUACCGCUUGGGAAUGAUGAUUCUCCUCGGACAACAUGGCCAGCGUCAGGACUAUCGGAGAGGCUUGGAGUAUAUCAGAUUGGCUGCACAAUCCUGCGACCAGAACGCGCCGCAGGGUGCCUAUGUCUACGGUAUGUUGUUGGCUGGUGAGCUCCCUCAAGUCAGCGUGCCCGAACCUUACCUCACUCCCGAUCUCAACAUUGCCCGUGUCAACAUCGAAAAAGCUGCCUAUCAUGGAUUCGCCAAGGCUCAGGUCAAGAUGGGUGCCGCAUACGAGCUUUGCCAACUACAAUGUGAUUUCAACCCCGCACUGUCCCUGCAUUACAAUGCGCUUGCGGCCCGCCAGGGCGAACCCGAAGCCGAGAUGGCGAUCAGCAAAUGGUUCCUUUGUGGUCAUGAAGGUGUCUUUGAGAAGAAUGACGAGCUUGCAUUCACGUAUGCCCAACGUGCAGCACAAAGUGGCCUGCCCACCGCCGAAUUCGCCUUGGGCUAUUUCUAUGAGGUCGGUAUCUUUGUUCCUGUCGAUAUCAGGGAAGCUCGGAGCUGGUAUUCCAAAGCCGCUGCCAACGGCAACAAAGAUGCAUCUGGGCGCAUUGAUAGCAUUUCGCGAUCAAAGACUUUGUCCAGGAAGGAUCAUGAAAAUGUUGCCAUUUCUCGUAUAAAGUCGACCCGUUAUGCCCACCAGCGUGGUAAUUCUUUGGAACCAACUGCCGAGAACAUCGAGAUGCCUGACCCUUCACGCAUGAGCCUCAGCGAUCAGCCCCCAUCCGCCGCUCCCUAUCCUGAUCGAGGUGGGUCUGCUCGUCCUCGACCUCCAGGCCAGCAGAACUACCAGAUGCCGGAUCCUCGCCCAAGUUCCGCAAUGGUCCCCCCGGGUCCUGGCUAUGGUGGCCCACCCGGGCCGCCUGGAGGUCGUACUCCGCCCUACGGCGCUGGCGGCCCUGGUGGUCUUGGGGGUCCUCCUGGACCUGGACCUAUGAAUUACCGACAGCAUAGCCCGGGUGGCCUCAGUGGCCCCACCAGCCCUCAGUCCGCGAACAUGAUCAGCCCCGGCGGCACACCCCGACUGGACAUCGGAUACUCAGCACCGGUUCCACCUCCAGGCGCGGACCGCCGUCGCCCUGCACGCCUCGACUCUGCACCACCAGACCGCAAGCCCGUGCGGACUCCCGUCUCUGGCCACAGCCCUGGCCCUCUGCCUUCCCCUCGUCACCCUUCGUCGCCUAGACCCAUGGGCUCCCCUCAAUCUGCAAACUUCCCUCCCCGCAACGAGUCGCGCCAGCCAUCCAGAGGCUCGGCUUCAUCGACGCCUCAGCCGCCGGCGGGCCCACUGCCCGCGCAACAGCAGCCUAAGCCUGCUCCACCGCCAUCCAAGGGCCCCAAAACAUUCGAGGAAAUGGGUGUCCCUUCUGCGAAGAACGACAGCGAUUGCGCUAUCGAUGUCUCGGCGAAUCUACACAACAAGGUCACGAAAGCUCAAGCCGCCAAGGUGUUAAAGGAAUUGCAUCAGAAUGGCAAGAUCGAAGGACGAACUGCAGGGAAACAGACAGUUUAUCAUGUCCUCCAGAAAUCAUCAGACAGCGCAAGCCCCGAGGUCCUCGUAGCUCUGGGUCAGGAGAUCGAGACGCUUCAAGAGGAACUCUCGACCAUCAAGGCAAAUGAGAAAAAGGCCCGAGUUGCCUUGGUUGCCCUCGAAGCUAAACCACGACUCUCCACUCUGCGAGAGGACAUCUGCCGCCUGCAGGAGCAACGAGACGCCGCCCAAGUACGCUUAGGCAAACUCUACGGUGACGAUCAACCUCAAAUGUCCCUCGAGGCGCGUGCUCAACUGGAGCGCGACUGGAAACAAUGGCAGCAACAUGCCGCCAUCCGCCGUCGCAUCUGUCGCGAACUGUGGGGGCGGUGCUCAGAGGUUUUGCCGGAAGAUACGACUGCGUCGGAGCUAUGGGUCAAGUCGAGUGAAGCGGAAAAGUUGAGAAACGCGGACGAAGUACUGACCGGGGCGAGCAGGAGUCUUUGGGGCUUGAAGGAACGCUCCAAUGAGAGCUGGUCGGGUACGGACGCUUGA